AUGCCACAGCAGCAGCAACAAGCAAGCAUCUCUUGUCCUGCUCCCAACUUUCUUGAAGACCCUGACAUGACCGAAGAACAAAAACAAAUUAUUAUGAAACGCAUUCACGAAGUAAGGUCAAAAUAUGAAGCAUUUGUGGAAAAAGAUAUAAGCCAAAAG